AGAGAAUAUGCCAUCAGAAAGUUCAAAUGCCAACUCAUAAAGCUCUGGUGACACAUCCUCACAUGAGGAAUGCAUUUAUUUCCUUACUUGGAUCAAUCACCAUGGAACCUUGCUCUUGAAGGUAUACAAACCUUUCUCUAAGCCUCUUAGAAUUAAUCUUUAAGACUCCUUUUUUAAUUUUGAAAAGGUUGACUGGCUGUGCUACUUUUUCCUGAAAGCAGCCAAACAAUCCAUGCAUCAAAAUAUUGUCUUGAAUAACUUUCCCUUUAAGUUGUCAUGCCAAUGCCUUUACAUCUAUCAAAUGGUGAUCUAAGGUUGAGUCAUCACCCCAAAGGUGAGAUUCACCUCCUAGUUUUCAUCUCCUUAAAUACCUCUUUAGAAUAAGAGGAACCAUCAACCCAAGUGAACAUAUCUUCCAUACAAAUCUACUAGAGCUUCUUUCACCCUGGUUUCUCUGAUACAGCAGAAACUGCUAUCACCUCGGAGACUGUUAGGCUAAAUCUGGUAACAACACUAAUCACCAAACAUGCAGACCUCACUUCUUCAUAACCUAGUUGUUGGAACUCCAGCCAUCUCGGCAACUUAUGAUCAAAUUCAAAAACCGGUUAACAGAUACUUGCCUGGUCCUGCUACUCAAUGCCAACGUUCAACCAAAACAUCAAAACAAAUGAGACUGAGGACAGAUAUAUCAGAAACUGUUAUGAGAAAGUUAAGCCUAGGGGCUCGAAUUCUUCGAGUGGGGGGAGUGGAAAACGUGUAUAAGCAGUUUUUUAGCGUGAGAGAAGGAGAGAGGCUUUUGAAAGCUUCAGAGUGUUAUCUGUCCACCACUUCUGGUCCUUUAGCAGGUUUUCUUUUCAUAUCCACAGACAAAGUUGCAUUCUGCAGUGAGAGAUCAAUGAAAGUCUUUACUCAGACAGGCCAUAUGUUGAGGAUCCGUUAUAAGGUUGCCAUUCCACUGAAGAAGAUAAAGUGUGUGAAUCAAAGUAAAAAUGUUCAGAAGCCAACCCAGAAGUACAUAGAGAUUGUCACAGAAGACAACUUUGAUUUCUGGUUUAUGGGUGUCUUAAAAUAUCAGAAAACCUUCAAAUAUCUUGAGCAGGCACUUUCACAAGCUUAGUGAGCUGAGUAGCAAAAUCCACUUUUCAAAGUCGAAGGUUCAUGUUGAGAGGACAAACAGACACAAAAGAUGAAAGCUAGAAUUUGAAUCCUGUCAUUGAAAAUGUUGUGCUUUGGUAAAAGGGAUUUCACUUCAUUGUAAAUAGGAAUGGAUGACAACAAAUCUCAUUGUGAAUCCAAGAAUUCACCAUUUGGAACAUCAUUUGUUGCGGAAGGGACAAACUUUUCUUAGAGCUCUGUGAAGGAAAAACAGAGAGAAAUUUGAGGGUCAAUUACACAUUGAUUUAUAAGCUUUUAGUCAAAUUUAUGUAUAACUAUUCAGGAGUUUAAUGAUUAUGUACAGUGAUUGUAAAAAAUCUUACAUUGUCAACCAAUAAAUUAAUUCUAUUAGUAUAACUU